AUGUUGCUUCCCAAGUCAACUGAUCACAGCAGCCUCUUUGACCAUCCCACACGAAUCCAACUUUUUGUCCUCAUCCCCACUUUCAUGGCUAAAUCAAUCUUCACUUUCCCCCAGAAACCUCAGAUUCUCCAAAAACCCAUAUCGCAGUAUUCACCAAAAUCAAACACAAACAUGACGAAAUCGAUUCCAUCACUUACCGCAAACUUACUUGUCUUUCUUCUUACUCUCCUCUUCUUCUUUUUGAAUCUCUCAAGCGGAGCUCCAUCUCCGCCGCCAGCACCGACUUGUCCUUUGGAUUUCAGCCACGUCCCGAGAAUCCCAUGGAACAAAACAGAUUGUCGAAGCUACGAUAGAUCAAUCGAGAGGAAGAACAGUUGCUGCCAAUCGCUCCUGACUCUAAUCGGUAUCCCUUUGGCUCACCGUCUCAAGCAAACAUCAAAUUUCCGUCUCCCAGAUCUCGCCACUUCCGCCUCCUGCCUCACCGACCUCCAGAAGAAGCUCGAUUCCCUCUCUCUCCCUUCCAAUCUCACCUCCGUCUGCUUCGAUCCCAACCAAUUCGUCAUCACCAACGAGACCUGCGCCGGAAUCCAAACAACUAAAGAUUGGGUCUCCCAACUCGGCCCCACGACGGCGCUCGACUCCGCCUGCAGCACUGGCCUCACGGAUCUUAAUCGCUGCGACGCUUGCGUGGCGGCUGGAUUUAGGGUUCAGAAGCAGCUCAUCGAUCUGGACGGUAACAGCUCUCACGGUGUCUACUGUUACCAUUUCGCUGUUCUCUACGCCGCUGGAAUGGUCAAUAAGAAAGGUCCCGAGAGCGACGACGCUUUGUCUUGCCUCUUCUCCUUAAGCUUGACAUCUUCCCUGAGCUCGAAGAAGAAACGACACACGGUGGCUCUUGUUUUAGGCAUCACCGGAGCUAUCGUAGCGGCUCUGGUUAUUUCCGGUGUCAUUGGUUUGUAUUUGCGGUUCGGUAGAGCGGUUAAAGGGAGAGAAAUCGGUUGGGAGGAUCAAGAGUCUAGACCGAAAUGGAGACCAAACACCGGCUCAAUCUGGUUCAAAAUCGAGGAGCUAGAGAAGGCUACCAACAAUUUCUCGCAGAAGAAUUUCAUCGGUCGAGGCGGGUUCGGUUUGGUUUACAAAGGAGUUCUACCGGAUGGUUCGGUUAUCGCGGUUAAGAAAGUUAUCGAAUCCGAGUUUCAAGGAGAUGCAGAGUUUCGCAACGAGGUCGAGAUCAUUAGCAAUUUGAAACAUAGGAAUCUUGUUCCUCUCAGAGGCUGUAGCAUGGUCGAUGAAGAUAACGAGAGUCAGAGAUAUCUUGUUUACGAUUACAUGUCGAAUGGGAAUCUCGACGAUCACUUGUUUCCUCCGAAAACUCCAUUGAGCUGGCCGCAGAGGAAGAGCAUCAUUUUGGAUGUAGCUAAAGGUUUGGCUUAUCUGCAUUACGGAGUUAAACCGGCGAUAUACCACCGCGACAUUAAAGGUACGAACAUAUUGUUGGAUGCGGAGAUGAGAGCGAGAGUUGCGGAUUUCGGUUUAGCGAAACAGAGUAGAGAAGGAGAGUCGCAUCUCACUACCAGAGUGGCCGGUACGCACGGUUACUUGGCUCCUGAGUAUGCGUUAUACGGUCAGUUGACUGAGAAAAGCGAUGUGUAUAGCUUCGGUGUUGUUGUGUUGGAGAUCAUGUGCGGAAGGAAAGCUCUGGACCUGUCUAGUUCCGGUUCGCCGAAUACGUUUCUGAUAACGGAUUGGGCUUGGUCGUUGGUGAAAGCCGGGAAAGCAGAGGAAGCUCUUGCGGAUUCUUUGCUGAGAGACGGAAAAGGCUUCGGGAUGUCGAAUCCGAAAGGGGUCAUGGAGAGGUUCUUGAAAGUUGGGAUCUUGUGCGCUCAUGUUUUGGUUGCUUUGAGGCCAACGAUUUUAGAUGCGUUGAGAAUGCUUGAAGGAGACAUCGAAGUUCCUCCGAUUCCUGACCGGCCGGUCCCGUUAGCUCAUCCUUCGUACCGGAUUGACGGAAACGGUUUCACUAUAUCGCCUGCGCUUAGCGGGAUGCAAAUACAUUCCGGAGAUAUGCUCCGAUAG